AGUGAAAUCGAGGUCUUGUUUAUAAAUAAAUUAGGAAUACGUCACUAACACUCGAGAUAAAAUUAUCAUUACGCUAGGUUUCGUAUUAACAAACUAAUUUAAGUACAGUAUUAUUGUAUUUCGAGUCAAGUAAAAUCUGAAAAUGAAUUAUAAACGAGAUCUUGUUAACAUAGAAGAAGACGUUAAUGUUCGAUCGGCAAUUGCAGAUAUUGUGAAAUCUGAGUCGGAAGAUUGUCCUACGUUCGUCUGUAAUGUUGAUGAUAUUAUUGCUAAGCAUGAGCUGUGGAGGAAGCUAAUGCCACGUAUUGAACCACAUUACGUGAAAUGUAAUGAUUCCGAUAUCGUUCUUCGAACUAUAGCUGCAUUGGGUUUGGGGUUUGAUUGUGCGUCUAAGGUUGAAAUAGAACGGGUACUUUCGAUUGGCGUCGAUCCGUCGAAAAUAAUAUUCGCUCACACAGUCAAAUUUGAUAAUCAUAUCAAAUAUGCAGUAGAAAACAAUGUAACGCUAAUGACGUUCGAUACUGAACAUGAAUUACGAAAAAUGAAAGCAACGGCUCCUUGUGUGCGGGCUGUUAUAAGGAUCAGGUAUGAUUCCAACGCGAAAGUCGUUCUUGGGACUAAAUUUGGAUGCGAUCCAUACACCGAAGCUCCUGGUUUACUUGAAUUGGCCAAAAGCGUGGGAAUUGACGUGGUUGGAGUUAGUUUUCAUGUCGGGUCAGGUUCGAAAGAUUUUGUUUCAUUCUAUAAUGCGAUACAUUCGGCAAACCAUGUCUUCGGAAUUGCCAAAGAUCUAGGCCUACAUUUCGACCUUUUGGACAUAGGGGGAGGCUUUCCUGGAAAACCCAGUGAUUCAAUCGAAACAUUUGCAGAACAUGUGAAUGCCGCCAUUGAAGAGUGCUUUUCAGAUCCAAAAAUCAGAAUAAUUUCAGAACCUGGAAUGUACUUUGUGGAAUCGGCCUUUACGUUAGCGUGCUCAAUUUAUGGUGUAACUGAAAGCGUUGUUCAAGACGAAAAUGUAUACAACUAUUUUGUUAGCGAUGGUGUCUUUGGGAACUUUACGUCAGUUGUUUCUUAUGAUAUGGAUGUACUUCCAGAAGCUUUGCGUAACGAUGAGGGGGAGAAAUAUUUAAGUGUAAUACGCGGACCGACAACUGAUGCCCAUGAUGUUAUACCAAGAACAUUUUUACUUCCAAAAAUGAAGUAUGGAGAUUACAUUAUUUUUCACUAUAUGGGUAGUUACACUUCUGUACUCACUACGCCAUUCAAUGGAUUUGGUGAAUCCCAUUAUUACUAUGUCGUCAGCAAAGAUAACUGGUGCAGACUGCAGAGUAGCAAAUUGCCCUUACCAAAUAGUUAUUGUAAUUUAUUAUGCGAAAAAAACUAAUAAUUUCAAUUAAAGACAAGAACAAGAAAA